GGCUUGGUUGCCAACCUCGCUGGGCGUUGUUGGGCGGACGGAUGCGGUCGGCCGACGGAUGGAUGUGAACGUGGAAUGCACUCAUGGGGUCGUUGUGGCCGAGAGCAGCAGUUUUAUGGCCGAUAACAGCAACGAGAAUCAUUGGGCACCGCCGGGUGAUAAGGAUGCGGUCGGAUCGGGCUACAAGGGCCUGCACGUCCUCAACACGCUGACCAAGAACAAGGAUGCGUUUGUGCCCAAGAACGGCAACCGAGUCAACUGGUACAUCUGCGGGCCAACAGUGUACGACUCGGCACAUCUUGGCCACGCCCGCGCGUACCUCUCGUUUGACAUCAUCCGCCGUAUUCUGGAGGACUACUUUGGCUACGACGUGCACGCGGUCAUGAACAUCACCGACGUUGACGACAAGAUCAUUCUCCGCGCCCGGCAGAACUACCUCUUCGACGAGUACAAGGCCGCCGCGCUGGUAGGCUCUGUUCCCGACGUCGCUGCCGACAUUGCCGCCGCCAUCGAGGGCUACGGGUUCGAGGCCAAGGCCGCCGAGCUGGCGGAGCAGGAGACACCCGAGUCUGUGGCCAAGGCAAAGCUGCUCGCGGCUACCAAGAGCUCGGCCGAGGCUGGGCUGGCUAGCCUUGCUGCGGACGGUGGAGCGGGUGAGGCCAUUGACGCUGCCCGCGACGUGCUUGCGGUCUGGCUCGACGCCGCCAAGGGGGCCAGCGUGACCGACCUCGACAUCUUUGCGGCGCAUACUCGUAAGUACGAGACCGAGUACCUGGAGGACAUGGAGGCGCUCGGUGUCCGGCCGCCGCACGCGCUCACGCGCGUCUCCGAGUACGUCGACGAGAUCAUCGAGAUGACGGCCAAGAUUGUGGAGCGCGGGCUCGGGUACGUCUCGAAUGGCUCGGUCUACUUUGCGACUGGCUCGUUCAUGGACGCUGGGCACGUGUAUGCCAAGCUCGCGCCGGAGAUGCGCGACAACGCAAAGGCGCUCGCGGAGGGCGAGGGCGCGCUGGCGGCAGACUCAAGCUCGGAGAAGCGGUCGCUCGCCGACUUUGCGCUGUGGAAGGCGUCCAAGGCCGGCGAGCCGGCGUGGGACUCGCCGUGGGGCCGCGGCCGCCCGGGCUGGCACAUCGAGUGCUCGGCCAUGGCCGGCGCCAUUCUCGGCGACCACCUCGACAUUCACGGCGGCGGCGUCGACCUCAAGUUCCCGCACCACGACAACGAGCUGGCGCAGUCUGAGGCCUACUUUGGCUGCCACCAGUGGACCUCCUACUUUCUGCACGCCGGCCACCUGCACAUCCACGGCUCCAAGAUGUCCAAGUCGCUGAAGAACUUCCAAACCAUCCGCGAGGCGCUCGAGAGCUACUCGGCCCGGCAGAUCCGCCUCCUCUUCCUCCUCCACUCGUGGGAGGGCGGGCUCGACUACUCGAACAACUCGAUGCAGCACGCCAAGGACAUGGAGAAGAAGCUCCGUGAGUUCUUCCUCAACGUGUCGACGCUUGUCCGCGAGGAGACGCCGGCGCGCUCGCAAAAGUGGGGCGACGCCGAGGUUGCCCUCGAGAGCGCCAUCGCGGCGGCCACCGCCGACGUCGACGCCGCGCUCAAGGACUCGUUCGACACGCCCAAAACCAUGCACGUUCUCGCCGACCUCAUUUCGGCCGUCAACGUGUACCGGUCUGCCGUGGGCGAUGCCGGCGUCAAGUCGUACCUCCUCAUGCAGGCCGCCCGCUUUGUCGCCCGCAUUCUCGGCGUCUUUGGCGUCAUCGACCCGCUCUACGCCACGGUGGAGACCGGGUUCGGAUUUGGCAGCGGCGCGCUCGCCGGCACCGGCGACGCUGGCUCGUCGUCGGUGGUCGUCGAAAUCCUCACCACGCUCUCCAAGUUCCGCGACGCUGUUCGGGCCGGCGCCCGCGCCAAGGCUUCACCCGGCGAGCUCCUCGCACUCUGCGACGAGCUCCGCGACGAAAUCCUGCCCGAACUCGGCGUCCGCCUCGAGGACCGCGACACCGGGGUGGCCAUCGUCAAGCUCGACGACCGCGAGACUCUCCUCGCCGAGCGCGACGAGCGCCGCGCUGCCCGCGCUGCCCGUGAGGCCAACGCCGCCGCAAAGGCCGCCGCAAGGGCCGCCGAGCAGGCUGCCCGCGAUGCCCGCGACAGCACCCCGCCGGCCGACUUUUUCCGCCUCCCCGAGUUUGACGGCCAGUUCUCGGCCUUUGACGAUGGCGGCAUGCCCACCGCCGACGCUGACGGCGAGCCGCUCAAAAAGUCCAAGCUCAAGAACCUGACCAAGCAGCUCAAGACCCACGUCAAGAAGCACAACAAGUGGCUGGCACGCCAGUAAAGCGAUCUUAGCCCC